GUCGCUGCGGUGGGGGUUGGUGGAGGACUCUUCCCGAGGGCGCGCGGAGCCGAGCCGGUGACAGACGCGCACGCGUGCGUGCGCUCCCGACUCCUGCGCGGCCCCGCGACCCCCGUCGGGCCGCUGAGAGGACGCCGCAGCCGUCUAGGAUUCCAGCCCAGGGGCGUCCCCGGGCGUCCCCAGCCCGAGGCUCCGAGCGCCGGGCCUCGCCCGCUCCUGCCCGCGUCCCGUCCCCGCUGCCGUCAGAGACUGUCCUUAACUCGCCUCUCCGCUCCGAGGGCCGGGUCCUCACGGCCCAUGGUGGCCGCUGGGGACCCACGCAGCCUAGGUCUGUCUCGGGCCGGCCAGCCGGCCACCAUGGUGGCCCUGAGGCCUGUGCAGCUCCUCCAGGGGGGCUAAUAGACCCAGAGCGCGGGCCUAGGGGUGAGAGGGUCCCAGGCCAGAACCCUGCGCCAUGGCUGGAGCCAUCGCUUCCCGCAUGAGCUUCAGCUCGCUCAAGAGGAAGCAGCCCAAGACAUUCACUGUGAGGAUCGUCACCAUGGACGCCGAGAUGGAGUUCAACUGCGAGAUGAAGUGGAAAGGGAAGGACCUGUUUGAUUUGGUGUGCCGGACACUGGGGCUUCGGGAAACCUGGUUUUUUGGACUGCAGUACACAAUCAAGGACACUGUGGCCUGGCUCAAAAUGGACAAGAAGGUGUUGGAUCAUGAUGUUUCCAAGGAAGAACCGGUUACGUUUCACUUCCUGGCCAAAUUUUAUCCUGAGAAUGCUGAGGAGGAGCUAGUUCAAGAGAUCACGCAACACUUAUUUUUCUUACAGGUGAAGAAACAGAUUUUGGAUGAAAAGAUCUACUGCCCUCCUGAGGCUUCAGUGCUCUUGGCUUCCUAUGCUGUCCAGGCCAAGUAUGGUGACUAUGACCCCUCUGUGCAUAAACGAGGAUUUUUAGCCCAAGAGGAAUUGCUUCCAAAAAGGGUGAUAAAUCUAUAUCAGAUGACUCCGGAAAUGUGGGAGGAGAGAAUUACUGCUUGGUACGCGGAGCACCGGGGCAGAGCCAGGGAUGAAGCUGAAAUGGAGUAUCUGAAGAUAGCGCAGGACCUGGAGAUGUAUGGGGUGAACUACUUUGCAAUCCGGAAUAAAAAGGGCACAGAGUUGCUACUUGGUGUGGAUGCUCUGGGGCUUCAUAUCUAUGACCCCGAGAACAGGCUGACCCCCAAGAUCUCCUUCCCGUGGAAUGAAAUCCGAAACAUCUCCUACAGCGACAAGGAGUUUACUAUUAAGCCACUGGAUAAGAAAAUUGAUGUCUUCAAAUUUAACUCCUCAAAGCUUCGUGUUAAUAAGCUGAUUCUCCAGCUAUGUAUUGGGAACCACGACCUAUUUAUGAGAAGAAGGAAGGCUGACUCUUUAGAAGUUCAGCAGAUGAAAGCCCAGGCCCGGGAGGAGAAGGCUAGGAAGCAGAUGGAGCGUCAGCGGUUGGCUCGAGAGAAGCAGAUGCGGGAGGAGGCCGAGCGAACGAGGGACGAAUUAGAGAGAAGGCUUCUGCAGAUGAAAGAAGAAGCGACAAUGGCCAACGAAGCUCUGAUGCGGUCUGAGGAAACAGCUGACCUGUUGGCCGAAAAGGCACAGAUCACGGAGGAGGAGGCCAAACUUCUGGCACAAAAGGCUGCAGAGGCUGAACAAGAGAUGCAGCGAAUCAAGGCCACAGCCAUUCGGACAGAGGAGGAGAAGCGCCUGAUGGAGCAGAAGGUGCUGGAGGCUGAAGUGCUGGCACUGAAGAUGGCUGAGGAGUCAGAGAGGAGAGCCAAAGAGGCCGAUCAGUUAAAGCAAGACCUGCAGGAAGCCCGAGAAGCAGAGCGAAGAGCCAAGCAGAAGCUCUUGGAAAUCGCCACCAAGCCUACAUAUCCACCCAUGAACCCAAUCCCAGCGCCACUUCCUCCUGACAUACCAAGCUUCAACAUCAUUGGUGACAGCCUGUCAUUUGAUUUCAAGGAUACUGACAUGAAGCGACUUUCCAUGGAGAUAGAGAAAGAAAAAGUGGAGUACAUGGAGAAGAGCAAGCAUCUGCAAGAGCAGCUCAAUGAACUCAAGACAGAAAUCGAGGCCUUGAAACUCAAAGAGAGGGAGACAGCCUUGGAUAUCCUACACAACGAGAACUCAGACAGGGGUGGCUCCAGUAGCAAGCACAAUACCAUUAAAAAGCCUCAAGCCCAAGGCAGAAGACCUAUCUGCAUUUGAGUCCUCAAACUCACUCUGCAGAGCGCCAAGUCCCGAGUGGCUUUCUUUGAAGAACUUUAGCAGUGACCCGGCCACCUCAGGAACUGCCACUUCUGCUGCCCCUGACAGCCACAGGGUGGGCCUGACCCCAUGGGAGCCAUCAACAGGGCCGGCUUGUCUGGGAACUCUGAGUAGAGGGCCCAGUCCUCUUCAUGUGCAGUUGGUUUUGGACUUUGGCCCUGUAGAGAUCUCUCAAGGUGUUUUAGUUCUCCUGGUCUGCAUCUUUCUUUUCUUUGUUUUUUUCUUUUCUCUCUCUCUCUUUUUUUUUUUUUUUUUUUUUUUUAGAAUUGUUGUUGUACAUGGAUGCCAUCCUUCCCACAUUCUAGGCAUUGUGGUGUGAGUGUUCCAGUGUGGAGGCUGCCUAAAAUCUAUCAUACUGGUGCUACCGACUGCCCCACUGGUUCUAAGAUGUGCCCCCCUCCACAGUGAGGACCUGACACAGUGCAGGAGCAUGGACAGACUUAGCUUAGAGACAGCAAAGAGGGUUCGUUAGCCGGGCUCCCCUGAGACCGUGUUGUAGCUGUCUGAUGGCAGGAAGCAGGCUUACGAUAGGAGCUGUGGUGAAAGGCUGCUGGCUAGCUGAAGGAGCCCAUGCGGGGAUCAUGACUCCCUUCAGACUCAGUCACUUGCCUGUGCUAUGCCAGGGGUUUCCUGGUCACUUUCCCAUCAGUGACCACGGCCUCCAUUACCCCAUUCAGUACGUGGACCUCCAGAGUUCUGCUGCCCGUCCCAUCAUACUCUGCCCAGCUCUCUCUGAUACCUAGGCCCUAUCACCCUUGUCUUCCCUGAGCCUGACAGAGGUGUCCACUCACAGUCAGCGGUCUCACGUGUUAACCCUAUGGGUUGCUCCAUGCUGGGCAGCAGGCGCACACCAUGUGGCUCAUACACUCCAUGGUUAGGUCUGCCUUCUUGGGAUGGGUGUCACUCCUGUGGCCAGUCGGGACCCUGAGGUCCUCACAGAGCAGGUGAUAUGCCUCAGUCCAUGAAAAGAUGUAUGUUCCUGAAGGCAGCUGAGUCUAGGGACUGGGAGCAAAAGGUAUGCUCCACAGUACAAUUUGGUUUUGAGAAACUGAGGCACGCUACUCUGUUCCCACUGGCUGGCCACUUUGCCAUAGUUAGGCACCCCUGAGUGUCACCCUAGCCUCCUUGGGACUAGGACUCUAGUCUGGAACCUAAGGCUGAGGGAAAGUCCUCCAGACUCGACAUGCUGGCAUUUGUCAAGUUUGCCAUGGCUCUGAUGUUGAGCUGUCUUUCUGACCUGCAGCCCAUCCCUGAAUUUCCUCCAGGACUGACUUUCUUCCUCUCUGUGAAUUUAAUCUUUGACAAUGGCCGUGGAGCACAGGACCACGAUGCUGGUUUAUAACAAUUAUGUCAGGCCUUGUUUUUAAUUUACUGUUAGUAUCUCAAAUUUGGGGAAUGCCAAGCUACAUAACCACGUGGGAACCCUGGUAUUUGAGCAGUGGCAGGUGUAACCAUUACCUGGUGGAUGGGGCCCGAAACCCACUCACUCACGAGUACCUGAGCGUCCCUGGAGAGAGAGGCUGGGGUCCCCAAAGCACCACCAGCCCCAGUAGAGGAGGACUGAAAACAGUACCCAUUUUGAGCCUGCGGCUGAGUUCUUCGUGGUAGGCAGUUUUACAGUCAAGGAAGGACAUCUCUGAAGACCAAGGGAAGUAGCUCUCGUGUAGAGGAACGGUGAUGCCGAAACAGUCACUGCUCAGUGCAGGACACUGAGGCCAUACCUCAACCACAGCAGCACUCUGACCCGAGGUCACUGCUGAGUUCUUGUGUACUUGCCAGGCCUUGCUAAACCACACCCGUGGAUGUACAUAGCACUACUUGAUUUACUGUUUUAUCAUCUUAUAGACAGAUUUCAAAAAAGUUCAGAGGCUGCCAGCCAACAGCAGUGGCUAACUAUCCUUGCCAGCAGGGCCAGAGCCUCAAAGCCCCUGGGGCUAGCGCCUUCAUGAUGUGGGGCUGCGGUGUGCAGCCUCUCCCAGGUGCCUUGAGGCCAAGCCAGCGCCCGCGGGUUUCCAUUCCUCUGUUCUCUUAUUAAACAGCUCUUCCUGUGAGGCCCGUGUCACUCCUGUGGGCCCAGAACAUGAAGCUGUUUUCUAUUUGGGGUGGGGGUGAUUGUAAUUUAAGUGAUUGUUUUAAUAAAAAUUCUAAGCUGCUAGAGUCUGUCAUUA